AUGGCCGAGGUCGUGGGGCUUGCCGCCAGCGUCCUUCAGAUUGGCGGCGCAGGCGCAAAACUCUCGAUUGAGCUGUACAACUUCAUCAACACUGCUUCGCGAGCCGACUCUGACAUCACACAUAUCGCCGUCGACGUUGAGGUGACUUCAAAUGUUCUCGGAAAUGUGGGCAAGGUACUUGGAGCCGAUGGCGCAAAAAGGCUGGUGAACCAGGAUGCCGUCCAGCACGCCAGAACGCUCAUCACGCAGUGUGAGGAGGUGUUCAAUGAGCUGUCUGAGGUUGUCGACAAGGCACGAAAAACAGGCAAAGACGGGCGAUCGCGCAUUGGUUUCAGAGCAAAGAUCAGCUGGCCGAUGAAGGAACAGCGCGUCGAACUUCUACGUAGGAGGCUGGAGACGCUGAAGAGCAGCCUUCUGGUUCUCUUCCAUGUGCUGCAGCUGGCACAAGACAAAGCUAGGGGAGAUGUCGAAGUUGCGUAUCUGGAGGAACAGAAGAAGAACAUCCGCGAACUCCACCAACAGCAGCAAGACUCCUUCAAGAUCCUCAAAGCGCUCGAGCGCAAACUCUGCGCGGAUGACAUCGCGUUACCGCGCUUCCCACCAUCACCGCGUCUAACCACCGCCGCCAUAUCGACAGCGGUGCACACAGCCCCCAUGGCUAACGAACAAGUGCACCAAAAUGUCCUCGCAAUAGACCUCUUCGCAAACCUCGGCCCAGACACAUCUGAUAGCGACGCAAUGACGCCGGACGACGCACAUUCAAUCAGUGAAGCCUCUCCUUUAACGCUUGCCGACCUUGCUGCAUGUGCAGCACAGGUCCAGAAGCUACUCAAACGCAUCGUGGCAAUGCAGGAGGUGCUUAAAAGUGGGCAGACGGUGCAGCAUCACCAUAAGAGAAGGAUGAACAAAGUUUAUCAGCGAUUUUGCCGCAAGUUCGAGGCGAAUAUUGAUGUGGCACCUUUGGAUGACGCACAGCUAAAGGUCUCAGCACAGAGGCCUCAUGUCCGCCGGGACAGCACACAACCCUCCUCCGCCACGCCCCGCCCUUUGUCCCGCAGCGACUCACACGCCUCGCACCACGAACGAGGCGCAACACAGCACACGCUCGUUCGGAGGGACGCGAGAAACGUGGGGGAGUGCAUGGUGCCCGGCUGCGACUGCGAAGACGCCCGGCCGUCGUAUCCUCGUCACAAUGGACCGUCACUCGUGCCUGGCUCGGCGCGAUACCGCGAGUUUCGGCCGUCUGUCCGACCUGGGGGCUCUAGGGCAGAUGGCCGAGGCGAGCGGGCUGUGAGGACUAACGAGCGUACACGUGCUGGCCAGUCUCCACCUCCGUCGCGCCCCGCGCCUGCAUAUGCGCGCCGAUACACUGACACGCCGUCGCAUGUACCCUUACCACCCUACCAGUCUACAUCUACGUACUCCAAGCAUGCAUACCCGCAGACACAGAUAGGCAUCCCCGUGUCCACUGCGAGUUACGACGCGCGCGCGUUCCGAGCCCGGUCAUCGCGGGACCUGGGGAGCUCUGACGACGACGGCAAUGGCAGGGCUGGGGCACACUCCGCCCUGUCGCCUAUUUGCAUACCUCCGAUCCGCCGGCCGCAGACAACAGGGGCGCGAGACCGGCUUCAUGCGCCGCGAGAUCCAUACUCGAGGUCCCAUACUUCAACCGAUACGUCGACGCUAGCCCCGCGAGUAGGGGAGACCCGCGUCAGAACAGAUGAAGAGACCGUUAAGGUGGUGCGGUGGGAAGUGGGGAGGGGCCACGGACAUGGUGAUGACAGCGCCAUGCCGGAGUAUGGGUACAGCGACGACGACGAAGGGGAUAUAAAGGGAGAACAGAGGGUGAGGGGGUAUGGCUACAGCGCUGACAUGUCUGCGGUCGAAGGGAGCGAUGCGCUCAUCCGGCAGUCACAAAAGACGCAGCACCCUAGCACACGGGCAUUUCACAAGAGAGAUAGUGAAGAGGAACUGUUCGUGCAUCGCAAAGGUACGCUCGCCCGGGCAGGAGACGAAGAUGGGCAGAGUGUUGUUGAGACGCAACGCGGGGCGGAGGGGAGUAAGAGGAGUGAAGGUGUGUUUGCGGCGGCUGCUGCUGCUACUGCUGCCGCGAAUUCUGCGGCUAGGCGGAAGGGGAAAGAGGACAGUGAAAGAGCAGAAAGGAGGGAAAGGAGGGAAAUGCAGGAAAGGGACAGGGGCGGAGAAAGAGAAAGAGAAAGGAUGAGAAGGAGGGAAUGGGAAGGCAGAGAAAUGGAAGGCAGACGCCUAGAGAUCACCCACAACACCGCCGCCGCUGAUAGCCGCUUACACGACGAACCAACCCCUCCGGGCAGGCAGAGUGCGGGGAAACGCACACGGCGCAAUUCUAUGACACAGGUGCGCGCUGUUGUGGAAGACUAUUUCAGCGACAAGGGUGAGUCCCAACGAAAUAGCGAGCCUCGACCAGAGAAAGAGCGCGAGGCUCGACGGGACAACGGGGACGAGAGCGACAGCUGCAGCGAGCCCGAGAUCAAGGCCCAACGGGACCUGGAUUUGCAGCACCGACGACAGCGUAGGGGCGAGCGUGCACGGGAGUUUAUAGACGAAGGAUACGGUUAUGAAGAUAAGAAAGAGAGUGUUGUCGGGAGGAGAAAGAAGUGGAUACCGGAGUGCGGGACUGGACGCGAGCACGUAGAUGAGAGCAGACGGGAGAGCGAAGCCAGGAAUAACGAGCGCAGACUGCAGAGCGAUGUUGGAAGAGAGAGAAACAUGGAGCGCGACUCCCACCGCAUCAGUCGCCACGGCAGCUCGCAUUCUCUCAGCGGCCCAGUCACGCCGCAGCCACAAGAUGGCUCGACAGAGCGCGUCCCGCUGCUAGGCGCGACUGGCCCUCACGAGCCUAUCAUAAUCGUACGGGAAGGCAGGAGUAAGCGACGCAAGGGUGCGAAGGAGCCGUACACGGAUCGGAACAGGGAGAGUCCAUACAGCCUGCAGACCAAGACGGACAAGCAGCGCGAGAGCAGUCCUAGCCGAAGGACGAAGCUUGAAAAGCAGAUGGACACGGAGAAGCACGACGACACUGACACCCAGCCGAUGGAUAUCGUGGACAUCCUGCUCGAUCGGUGGACGGUAUCCAAGACCGAUACUGGGACGAGCAGCGACGGAGGGCGGAAUAUGUGA